GAAGUGCUGGCGAGAAGUCGUUUAUUUACAAUGAAAAUGGAGUUGGACCUUGGGGAAUUAUUAACCAAGGGGAUGUAAAAGCAAGUUGCCCUGUGAUGUAGAAGGUUAUUCAGAAUUAAUUCUCAUGUCAGCAGAAAGCUCAACCAUCACAGUUCGUCUUGUUCGUUCUUUUGAACACCGGAAUUUCAGACCUGUGGUGUAUCAUGGAGUCAACUUGGAUCAGACAGUAAAGCAGUUCAUUAGUUUUGUGCGGAAUGAUGUGUCUUCAAGAACAGGUCUUCCUCCUCCUUUUAAAAAUUACAAGUAUGAUACAAUGAAGAUUAUUCACCAAGCACACAAGUCUAAGACUGGUGAACUUGUAGUGAGUUUGGAAGAUGAUGACAAACUGAUUUUGAAAGAAGACAGUACGCUGAAAGCAGCUGGAAUAGGCAUAAGAGGCAAUGCAGUUCAGUACUGAUGACAGUACUAAAUGUUGAAUUAGAAAUUACAUUGUCUACAGCUGCCUUCUUUUAAAAAGGUAGUGAUAAAUAUAUGUCUAUAUAUCCAUCUUUGAAGCUAGGUUUGUAGCUACAACAGUGAAACAGUUGGAUGUGAUCUUCAAAAACAUGUCAAAACAUCAGAGUAAAUGUUACAGUGAAAGGAAAUCAGAGUAGACCAGCUUGUUCUGUGUCUCUCUACAAAGAAAGCGGUGGCUUAUUCAGGGCAGAAAACAAUGUAAAGCUGUUUUCAGAAUAACUAGCAGCAGUUAGUCAUUAGUAUAUAGUGGGUAUUUGUAACACAAAAGAAAACCUCUCAUUCUGUAAAAUGCAGUGUGCCAUUUUGCCAUUUUGAAUUUGGUAUUUUUCCAGUGUAUCUUGACAAAAGAAUUAGCUAAGUUAGGAUUGGGUUCUUUAUAGUAAAAUCUUGAAGAUUUUACUUUUCUUCAACAAGAAGUGAAAAAGAGUGGAACCAAGGAAAUGACGACUGAUAGCAGAUACUACUCUAGUCUGCAUUUUAUACAGUUUCAUUUAAAUCAAUAAGAAAAUUUGAAAUCUUCUCUUGACAUAUUACAUUUUUCCAAUAUCUAGUCUGGACAAGAUUUCCUAGACUAAAGCAGAAAAUUGCUGUUAGAAAACCUGGGAAAUUCUGAGACACAGAGAACACUUUUUUCUAAGCUGUAGUUGAUUGCCCUUGGCACUUUACAGGGUUGGGCUAGAGAGUUAUAAAUUAUGAGGACAUUAGAUAAGUAUCCUCGGGAAAGCCUCUGUGGUAGUGAUUAUUAUUACAGUUAUUAUCUAGCCAGCAAAGUUAAUGCUUGCCUGAUUUUUAUUUUUUUUUUUUAAAGCAGGGUGUAUGUUAAUCAAGUGUUCAGUAUUCAUUGCAAACAGUCUUGUCUGUUUUCUAGUUGAGAUUCUGAACCCCUUCUGCUCUUUUUUUCCUUUUUUUACAAGACAGGCAGACUUCAUUAACUUCAGGUUUAAUUUAAAAAACAAAUGUGGAACUUAUUGGCUCAGCACCUUAAAGAAUUCCAUGUUUAAUAAUUGUGAAGGCUUUCCAUCAGAUUUGUCUCUGUUCUGAAUUAGUAAUGUUGCUGACUUAUUGUUUUAGAAGAGGAAGUCCUUGACCUACUGGGUUGAAAGAAUUGUGACUGCUCUGAACCUUUGUGGGUCCUUUAGCUCUACCAUAUCCCCUGUGAAUAAUUAGAGGUAUUUGAAGGUAUUGCUGGAGAAGCCAAUUUGUGUCUUUCACUUUGCAUAUUGUUGAAGCCUCAUGAAUUAAUCAUCAUCAGGGAAAAAAAUUAACUUCUUCAGACACAUAUUUUGAUGUGUCAUGAGGGAGAAUGUAAAGUGAUCUGUAAAAUAUUCUACUGAUCCUCUAAGUAUUAAAUUAUUAUACCUACAGGCUAAUUUAAUAGAAAAAAUAGUUUCCUUCUCCCUUUCCUAACAGAAAAAUGCACAAAAGAAAGGUAAAAUCACGCUUCAUUAUUUUUCUAGCAUUUGAAGGUGUUAGAAAUGCAGUCACUUAAUUUGUUGAAUGCUUAUACAAACAAUUCUGUGAAGGCUGUGUUAAACAAAUCUUGACGAGGCUUGUGUACUUCUAUAUAUUCAGGUUCUUGGGUUUAUUGUGUGUUUUUUUUUCUUUGUUUGUUUCUUUUUUAUUUGGUUUGCAGCAUCGUUAAAUGACAUCUUUAAUACUAGAAUCUUUUUUGCAAAAAUAAGGGGGGUGAAGUGUGUGGUGAUUUAUAAUUGUCU